GCAAGCGAAACAGUAAAAUUUUAAUGUUCUUUGAGAUGAGUGUGUGCGACAGUCCCAAUAAGUAUUCCAAGCUGGACAAAAAGUCCAUGACACCUUUUAAAAAGGUGCGCCGCAAAAACUGGAAACAGGAAGCCUCCUACAAGACCGAUACGAUUACGAGCCAUGAGGAAUCCUAUGGCGGGGAUAGGUUUAUUCCCAAGCGCUUUAAGCGGGAGAAUAUAGAAUUUAACUUGAAGUACAUUGGCAAGCGAAAGGAGCAUGAUAUUUUGGAAACGGGUGUGCCAUUGGCAGCCAGCUACUGGCGGCAGAGUGGAUUCAUAGCGAACAUCAACAAGACCUUUAGAAUCCAGGACCGCCGCCUACUGCAGUUCAGCAAUAUGCAGGGGACGCGUUUUGAGGUGGUGAACAGUGAGUCCGCAGACUCGGACUGGCCAUGUAAUCCACGGGCGCGACCCUACGCAAUUCAGAAUGCCACCCACGAGAUGUCAGGAAUUUGCAGUCCAAUCGAUUACAACCUGAUGGACUGGUCAUCGGGCGGGAUGGUGGCCAUGUCCUCCGGCCAAGACAUCAUGCUGUGGCGCAACCUUGACGAGAGCACAAUGGUCUUCAGUGUAGAUUGUCCCAGUGCUCUGAAAUACUCGCCAGACGGCCAAUAUCUGGCCAUCGGCUGCAUGGAUAGAAACUAUCCAGUGCUGGACAUUUGGGAGGUAAGGUCCCCCGUGGAGUUCUUUGUCUCCUACCGCAAGCUACUCAUCAAGUCCAUGGGCUACAUAAGUUGCAUUGAAUGGUCCCACGACGGAAAACAGCUUACUUGCGGCACCUACUGCGGAAUGAUUUUAGUGCUGGCCAUGCCCAAAUUGAGGACUGUGAGGCAGUUCAGCGAGCACCGCCACAAGGUGAACAAAAUCAAGUUCAAUCCCACCCGAAAGUAUUUCGCUUCCAGCGAUACAGGUGGCACCAUCUUCAUCUUUGAUGCCGUGCACAAUGUUCGAUUGCUAAAGCUGGGCGGCAAGUCAAUCAUCUUCGACUGGCAUCCGUGGACCGGUGAAGACUUGGCUAUUGCCGAGCGAUGUCCUGCUUCGAUUUUCAUCUUCAACAUUCCGCGCCGGCAGUUUGUGGCUUCGUACGGGCGAAGAGAUGGCAGGAUUGUUGUAAAGACAGUUACAUUUAGCAAGAUCACGGGCGAGUUGCUGGUCAACAUUAUUAGACGUGAUGAAUCGGGCUUCGCGAUUUGCGAAAUUUUGGUUUUGGCUUCCCUUAACCGCGUUGUCGACUUAAUGAGCCAUCAGGAUCGCGGAACUCUGUUCCUAAUGUGGAGUCCGGAUGGGACCAACAUUGCCACCAGCGGCCUGGACGAAACCUUUUCAAUGUGGAACUUCUUUCCCACCCACAAGCAGAAAGCUAUUCUCCGCAAACAAGCUCAGCAGACCAAGGACAAUUGCAGCUCCUUGGGACUGUACAAAUCAAUUCGUUGACCUUUUACGACUUGGUUUUAAUUUAUAUAUUGCCUGUCAUGUGUAUAGUGUUAUAUUUAAACUAAUUGUGCUUUUCAUUAUUUAUUCAAUUCAUAUUGCUUUCAUAAAAAUUCCAUUGGAUUUAA